AUUCCUCUCUCUCUCUCUCAGAGGUCUCUCGCGCUUUGCAGAUGUUCAGAGAAACGACUUGGCGUCUCCCUCCGCACAAGAACUUACGCCUACUCCAAACACUCAACUGAGUGAGAGUGAGAGAGAGAGAGAUCAGAUAAUCAUUACUCGAGAAUAAUCCAAUCUCUUCUUCUGCUAGAUUCUCACACCUUUCUCGUUUUCUCCACCUUCAUCCGAGAGUAUGACGAUGGGUGGUGCGUCUUCCUUAUGCGAUUCGCUAGUGGCUGCUUGCAUCUCCUCCGCCACUCAAUUCGACACUACGAGGAGUAGUAGCCGCUGGCCUCACCGGAAUAGACUGCUUAGUAAAUGCUCGCUCCAUGGACCCCAGCCUCUUCUUAUGAGUUCCCGUGACAACAAUGCCUCAUCCUUCCUUUUCGAAUCUAAUCACACUUUCUUGAAUCCAAAGCAAAGGAGAUUCAAUCGAGCAUCAGCCUCUGGGCAAGUCACUACUCUAGAGAUGGAGAAGGAAGCAAUGGUUAGCAAGAAACCUCCUCGACGAGUUGUUGUGACUGGCAUGGGAGUUGAAACACCACUAGGUCAUGACCCUCAUACUUUUUAUGACAAUUUGCUUCAAGGCAACAGUGGUAUUAGCCCUAUUGAGAGUUUCGACUGUUCUGCAUUUCCCACUAGAAUCGCUGGAGAGAUUAAAUCUUUUUCGACUGGAGGAUUGGUUGCUCCUAAACUUUCCAAAAGGAUGGACAAGUUCAUGCUUUAUCUUCUAACCGCUGGCAAGAAGGCGUUGGAGGAUGGUGGGGUGACUCAGGAUGUCAUGGCAGAGUUCGACAAAUCAAGAUGUGGUGUUUUGAUUGGCUCUGCUAUGGGAGGCAUGAAGGUCUUUUACGAUGCGCUUGAAGCUUUGAAAAUCUCUUACAGGAAGAUGAACCCUUUCUGUGUACCUUUUGCCACUACAAAUAUGGGUUCCGCUAUGCUUGCCUUGGAUCUGGGAUGGAUGGGUCCAAACUACUCUAUUUCAACUGCAUGUGCCACCGGAAACUUCUGUAUUCUCAAUGCGGCAAACCACAUUACUAGAGGUGAAGCUGAUGUAAUGCUCUGUGGUGGCUCUGACUCGGUUAUUAUUCCAAUAGGGUUGGGAGGUUUUGUUGCCUGCCGGGCACUUUCAGAAAAUAAUGAUGAUCCCACCAAAGCUUCUCGUCCUUGGGAUAGUAACCGGGAUGGAUUUGUCAUGGGAGAGGGAGCUGGAGUUCUGCUUUUAGAAGAACUUGAGCAUGCCAAGAAAAGAGGAGCAACUAUAUACGCAGAGUUCCUUGGGGGUAGUUUCACAUGUGAUGCAUAUCAUAUAACCGAACCACGUCCUGAUGGUGCCGGAGUCAUUCUUGCUAUCGAGAAAGCGUUAGCUCAUGCCGGGAUUUCUAAGGAAGACAUAAAUUACGUGAAUGCUCAUGCUACCUCUACACCAGCUGGAGACCUUAAGGAGUACCACGCUCUUUCUCACUGUUUUGGCCAAAACCCUGAGCUAAGGGUAAACUCAACAAAAUCUAUGAUUGGGCACUUGCUGGGAGCUUCUGGUGCCGUGGAGGCUGUUGCAACCGUUCAGGCAAUAAAGACAGGAUGGGUUCAUCCAAAUAUCAACCUCGAGAAUCCAGACAAAGAAGUGGAUACAAAGCUGCUUGUGGGUCUUAAGAAGGAGAGACUGGAUAUUAAAGCAGCCUUGUCGAACUCUUUCGGCUUUGGUGGCCAAAACUCUAGCAUCAUUUUCGCUCCUUACAAAUAAAUGAAAGCCGAAAAGUCCAAUGCUGUGUACUCUUGAGUAACUUGCUGUAAGUGUGUACAAGAACUUCCCAUGUUUUUCGUAGUGACAUGAUUCAGGAUUGGAUUAACUUGCACACAGAGUUUAAGCAAAGUGGAAAAGAGAACAAAACUGAUGAGGUAGCUGAGGAUUUGUCAUGAACAAUCUGUUCUUUGUGUGCGCUGCAACAACAAUACUUCAUUUGUCAUUUUUCUUAGUAAGAUUGCAAUAUUUGAGCUAACAUUUCUUGUAUUUGUCUUCUUCGAAAGCUUUACCAAAGAUUCAACAUCUA